UGAGCUCGCUGAUUGGUCACAUUUGAAAAAUCUGUUACUGACGCAGUGGAGGGAACGUUUGAACUUCGAAUUUUGUAUACGGACAAGAAGGCAACGGCGUCGCGGAAUUAAACUAAAACACCUCAACAUGAUUAGGCAAGCGAAGGGCAAGACCCCCCGCCGCCCUCCUCCAAAAAAGCCUUCCAACAACCAGAAGGACCCUGUUGGAGUGUAUUGUCGCGUGCGGCCACUGGGUGCAGAAGAUGAGGAAUGCUGUAUUGAGGUUAUAAGCAACACCACCAUUCAGCUACAUGCCCCUGAUGGGCUCAAAGCCAACAGAAAUGGUGAAUUCAAAGAGACACAAUAUUCCUUCAAAAAAGUGUUUGGAAUUAAAACGACACAGAGGGAAUUAUUUGAAGAUGUUGCCAAACCUCUAGUAGAAGACCUCAUUCACUGUAAAAAUGGUCUGUUGUUCACCUACGGUGUCACUGGCAGUGGUAAAACGUACACAAUGACUGGCUCACCUGGUCAAGGUGGGCUGCUCCCACGUUCACUCGACAUGAUCUUCAACAGCAUCGGCCCCUACCAGGCCAAGAGAUAUGUUUUCAAGCCUGAUGAUAAAAAUGGCAUGGAGGUACAGAAUCAGGUAGAUGCGCUCUUGGACCGACAGAAGCGAGACAGCCAGACAUCUGUACCAAAGACCCCAACAACAAGGCGAAUUGACCCUGAGUUUGCUGACAUGAUCAGUCCAGAGGAGGCUUGUAAGUCAGGUGGAGUGGAUGAAGAUAGCAGCUACAGUGUUUUUGUCUCUUACAUUGAGAUUUACAACAACUACAUCUAUGAUCUCCUGGAAGAGACUCCCUUUGACCCAAUAAAGCCCAAACCACCCCAAUCCAAAAUACUGCGUGAAGAUCAAAAUCACAACAUGUAUGUGGCCGGGUGCACUGAGGUUGAGGUCAAGUCAACAGAGGAAGCUUUUGAAGUCUUUUGGAGAGGUAAGCUGAUGGUGAAUUUGUUGUUCCUUUUUCAGGAUAAGAGUCAGGUAAAUGUGAGCCAGUUGUGUCUGGUGGAUCUGGCUGGCAGUGAACGCACCAGCAGAACCCGAGCAGAGGGCAGCCGUCUCCGUGAAGCGGGCAACAUCAAUCAAUCUUUAAUGACUCUGCGCACAUGUAUUGAGGUACUGAGGGAGAAUCAGAUGUGUGGCACAAACAAGAUGGUUCCGUACAGGGACUCCAAAGUGACCCAUCUAUUCAAGAACUACUUUGAUGGGGAAGGCAAAGUGAGGAUGGUCGUGUGUGUAAAUCCAAAAGCUGAUGAUUAUGAGGAGACCUUGCUGGUGAUGCGCUUUGCUGAGAUGACUCAGGAGGUUGAAGUGGCCCGGCCUGUUGACAGGCCCAUCUGUGGCUUUGCUGCUGGUCGCCGACAGAGAAACCAGGCCUUCAAAGAUGAGCUUACCCACAGGCUGGAAGAACGUGGUGGUCCUAUAGAUGGAGAGUCUCCAACAGUAUUGAACCAACUACUUCAGUCGUUCCAUCCACUUCCUCCCUGUGAGAUCUCUGGCCCUAACGAUGAUGUUACACUGCCCAGACUCAUUGAGGCCCUGGAGAAGAGACACAAGAUUCGACAGAUGAUGGUUCAGGAGUACAAUAAAACUGCCAACAUGCUGAAGUCUGUGCUUCAAGAGCAAGACAGCAACCUUCUCUCCAAGGAGAACUUCAUCCAAGAGCAACGUGGCCGGCUUGGUGAAAAGGACAAAAUGAUCCAAAACCAGAAGAAUGAGAUUGAUCGUCUGGAAAAGAAAUCCAAAAUGCUGGAGUACAAGAUUGACAUUCUACAGAAAACCACCAACAUCUAUGAGGAGGACAAACGAUCUCUACAGCACGAACUGGAGAGCAGAGAACAGCGGCUGCAGAGGGAAAUGUCUGAAAAGAGACGCAUGGAAACGCGCAUGCAGGGCAUCGUCACUGACGCCAAGCUUAAGUGGGAGAAGGAGUGUGAGAGGCGGGUAAAUGCUAAGCAGCUGGAAAUGCAGAAUAAGCUGUGGGUGAAGGAUGAGAAACUCAAACAGCUCAAAGCCAUUGUGACUGAGGGAAAGACGGAGAACCGGCAGCCACAGCGGCCCUCCAGAGAAAAGGACAAAGUGCCUGCCAAGAGAUCCGCUUCCCCGUCGCCUGUUCCUUCUCUCUACAAUGGCUCUCAGUCAUCCCUCUCCUCCCUGGAGCCCAUAUAUAACUUCUCUCAGACGGUCAGGCCAGAUCCUCACUUCCCCAGACCAGGCAGUGUGUCUGUGGCCUCCUGCAUCUCCGAGUGGGAGCAGGGUGUCCCGCACUCUCGUAGGCAGGGUAGCCAGUCGCCUCCAGACAGUAGGAAGAGAGCUCAGGGCCUUCCCGACAGUCUUAGGAGGAGGAGAGGCAGGUGUUGGGCCAGAGAGGUGCCUGUCCAGCCAGCAGAGGUAGACCUAGAGGAAACGGGUCACUGGACUGGGCCACCGGUUCGGCCUCUACACAGACGCUCGCACUCCGCAGGUGGGGAGAGGUGGGUUGAUCAUAAACCCACCACUAACGUGGACCUGGAUACAGUUCUGCAGCCAAACAUCCCCAAUGCCAUCAAAGUGAAUGCUCCCAAUGAGAAAGCUCUGUCCAAGUGUGACAAGUACGUUCUGACACACCAGGAGUUUGCAUCAGAUGGAGAGAUUCAGACCAAGCUAAUCAAGGGUGAAGUGUUCAAAACUAGAGGUGGAGGACAGGCUGUUCAGUUCACGGAUAUCGAAACGCUUAAGCAGGAAAACCCUGUUGCGGCCAGCCGUAAGAGACGAUCAUCAGAGACUGGCCCGGAUGGUGAGCCUAUGGAAGGAAACUGGACUGAUGUGGAGACGAGGUGCUCUGUGGCAGUGGAGAUGAGAGCUGGCUCAAACCUAGGACCUGGAUACCAACAUCACGGAUAUCCAAAACGCAGAAAGCCUUGAGACUGCUCUAGUAUUGCCAUCACAGCAGAGUCCUUUCCUCUCGAAGCCUCUUAUCACUGUGUGCAAUAGCAAAUUCACUUUAUAAUAUUUAACUUUUUUUAAAUGCUUUUAUGGAAAUUCUUUUUAUAGAAGACUACACAAGUUCACCAAAGCUGUUUUUGUACUGCAUUUUCUACCAGGGUGUUGCCAUGUAAAAUUCACAUUUGGUGUAAGUGUGGGUCUGGGUGGGUUUCCAAACAAAGUGUUACAAAUGUUUUGUUUUCUAACUGUCAAGCACAUUAGGUAUUUGUGUAUUUUUUUUAUAUAUAUAUAUAUAUAUAUAUAUGUGUGUUAAUGUAUACUCUCUUGCAUUUGGGCAGUUAGGACAGUCAAAGCAUUUGCUGGUGUUUCUUUAAAAAUCCUUUAGUAAAAGUCAUUUUCAUGACUUUAGUAGGCAGCACCUUGGAAAAGCACUCUUUCCAUGUAGUUUCACUUGUAUGAUAUUGCUGCAGACAAAACUGUUAAUAAACAGCAUGUGAUAUACUUGUUUGGUUCAUA